AUGGCGACCAACAGCUUCCUUCAAAUCCCUUCUACUGUUCUUCUUUGCCUCUUCGUAGCCGCAACGUGUCUUCUCCCACAUCCGUCCCACGGCAGCAACAUCAGUGGAUCAUUAGAGAGAGCAAGCUGCAUAAUUCACAUGGACGAGUUGCACUUUGGUCCUCACUACCGGCCCGCAUUGACUCUCGACGACCACCGUUUCGGAUCUUUAGACAGCCGCCAUCCGCUGAGGCAUAACGGGAUGGCUUCCGUGGAUCACAACGGCACGGCCCAUGGAUCACGAAGCCCAUCUAAUGAAAACCCAACCAAAGCGGCUUGUCCUCAAGUUUUCAAAAUCAUUGCUAUGCUGAAAAAUGUCCACCCAAAAUGGAGUCCCAUGGCCAUAAAAUCUGCUAUAGUGACAACUGCCACCGGCAUCUACCACGACGACGAGGGUCGAGCUCUGGCAGUUGUCAAUCUGCACCGAGCUAUGAAUCCUGGUUUGGUUUACGACACCAGUCCGAAAGGUCAUGUGGGUUCUCUUUGUUCUUUGAAUUAUACUAAAUAUCAAAAUUCGAACAUCACUGAAUUUGAAUUGAUUCGUCAUGACAAUUGUUCAAAAAGAAGUUCUCUUUACUGUAACUAUCCAUCGUUCGUCGUGUUGUACGACAACAAGAAGACAUCGCCACGGGUUGUUGUUCGGAGGUUUCGAAGGACGGUGAGAAACGUUGUAGAAGGUGGCGGAGUGUACAAGGUUGAUGUGGUCGCACCAAGGGGGAGUUCUGUUACUGUUCAUCCAAAGACUCUGGUUUUUGUCAAGAAGUAUGAGAGGAUGAACUACACGUUGACCGUGAAGUAUGUGAAAGACAAGAAGGGAAGAGUUUCGCGAGGUUGGGUCAGAUGGAAUGAGAUGCAUGGGACACAUAAAGUAACGAGCCCGAUUGUAAUAGCGCCUGCGGCUGCUUGA